UGGGUUAUCAGUUUGCCGAAUCUCCUUGAUUUGAAGUCGAACGUGAUAAGGGGGGUCACGUGCAAUGACAAGGAUCGCCUUGCCCCAGUACUAGUGUUCUGGUGUAUCGCUGACAGUCUGACUCCGCCCACGAACGUGGCUGAAAAUGACUAUCUCUUGACUGGCCCUACUCCUGAUUGGCGUCCAGCGAGCUGUGACGCACACUUUGGGCUACCUUUGAUCGCUUACGGGUGGUGUCGGACGCCACGCCACCUGUGCUAUAUAACCGGCGAGUCACAGCUUUGUUUCUUGUCUCAGACUUGAUGUCUACUGCCACAUCUUCCACUACCCUGUCGUCCAGGCCCUCCUCCAAUGACACGCUGAGUGUUCGCCUCGUCACGGAAGGCGUCGCCAAGGACGUGCGCGCCCAUGAGCGUGCUCGUCGUCGUGCCAAGGAGCGAGAGGAGCACGCCCAGGCCAAGGGGCGGAAGGAGAAGGCAGCCGUACUGCGAGCGUUGGGGUUCAAGGUGUCGUCGUCGACAUCUUCGGGCGGGCACGGCGGGAAGCCCGCGGUGGCCCGCAAGUACAGCAUGGAGAUCUGGGAUGGUGACCAACCCGACGCUUCGCCGUGGAGCAAACCGUCCUGUGUACCUCUUGAACCCGCCACUGUGCCUCUCCAGAGCAAUGUGGGCCCUUUCACCGAACUAACGCUGGCCGACCUUAUUUCUGUCCCACGCCCUCAGAAGAAGGGGAAGAAGUUGGAUUUCGAAGUCAUUCCACCUGUCCGUGCUGUCAUCGCCUUGGACGAUGACACGGAUGACACGGAAUCUGAUGAACCAUGGGAAUAUAUCACUCGUGCGAGCUUCCUCACCAGUGAACUUCCGCAGAAGGGGAGGUCUUAUGCACAAGCUGCCGCUGCUCAGUAAUUUAAGGCCUCACCCUCACCUUCAGGGCCAAGAUAACCUAAACUAGAUAGUAAUUAUUUGCCAUGUCGUGUUGCGCGGUUCCUUCUUUUU